CGUAGACUGCUUCGACCCAACUGUUCGUACAAAGCAGUGCUCUGGCUGUGGGUGCUCUGUUCUGGCCUUCUGCUGUUGCUGUUUCUGCUGCUGUUUCUGCUGCCUUUGCUGUCUCUGCUGCUCGUCGUCGCUGGGCCUCAGGGUGUGGCCUUUCAAAUGUUUGGGUCCAAGCCAAUCCCCAGAAAGAGCAUUUUUCAUGGUGACGUUUUCACUAAAACACAGUUCAACUCUCAGUCCUCUUCUCUUCACCACCCAGCACUCGACGUCGUUACAGAACAGCUCUCUGUCCUCUGCUAAUGUUUGGCUCUUCCAAGGCCCACAAGAAACAUGAUUCCAAAUCAUCCUUUUUCUUCAGCAGAAAGUCCUCCUCCUCCUCGCCUACGAUCUCACCACAAAGAAGCAACUUUUCAGCCAAAUCUUCCAAUGACUUCCAGAAAUCCUUUCCCAACGCCUAUUACACCAACACCAGCACCAGCAGCACCAGUUAUGUCAACGAAAAGUCCUCUGCUCCUAAAAACCAAAUAAACGUAUCAACCUUUGACCAGACGCCCUUUUUGUUUGAGAAGAAGUAUGGCGAGUCGCUCACCACCAGAUCUGUUCUGCUCUCCAGCUACUCUGCUUUGCAAGACUCCUUGGGCCCUCCAGACUUGGUUCAUUUGACUCAACUUGAUAAGAGUUCCCAGAAGGAUUUUGGAAAGUACCACUAUCUAAUUGGUUUGGACGUUGGCUCCUUGAUAGCUCCUGUGGCUUAUUUGACUACCUUGAUUUACAACGACCAGCAACGGCUAAUCAAUAACAACAAUCUGAACAAUUUGGGCAACGUUGACACAAUAGAUCUCACCUCAGGCACUGAUGAACUUUUUGAGAUUGGAACUUAUUGCUCCUGGAAUUGUUUCAGAAAAUGCGAUGUCAGAAUCAGAACAGAAUUUCCUGGACAAAAACCUACAAUUCAAUUGCUAGAUUCAAAUAGCAAAAAUUUAUCACUAAAACAUUUUCAGUCCUCUAAAUCUUCAAUCACUCCUCAAAUAUUGUCCACAAGUAAUAAUCCUAAAAACUUUUCAACUAUAACACUACAUUCAACUACAAAUUUAGAUAACCUUCCAAUGUCACCUUCUUUUUCCACUUUUGAUCUAAACAUUUCUCUCUCUAAUUCCAUCUCAAAUCCUAUCCAGGUUCAAAAUCAGAAUCAAACUCAAAAUCCGAACUCAGAUGAAAGUCAAAACAAAAGUCAAGAUCCAAUCCAAAAUCAAAAUCAAGUUCAAAAUCAAAAUCAAAUUCAAAAUCAAAUUCAAAAUCAAAUUCAAAAUUCAUUAAAUAGCAAUUCAAAUCCCACUGAACAGGCUGGAUAUUAUGGUUUAUCUGAAGAAUUUUGGUUGGAAACCUAUAUAUCCGCAAUAAUACGUUUUACUCUUUAUUCCACAAGUAUUGAUUUUUCAAAACCUGCUUUAAUUCAAUUAAAUCCAAUGCAAACAAAAUCCUCCGUCAAAAAAAUGAUUACCAAUAUCUUGAAAUUGUUACCAAAGGGUCAUUUACCUGGCUGCUCAAGUCUUUGUUCAAGCCCAAACUUUGUCUCAAAUUUUCUAGUCGAUUCCUUGCUAAAAAUCCUAGAGAUAACUGGUUUAUACAAUUACACCAUUGACUUGCUUGAUCUAUUAAUUAAAGAAAAUUUCCUCUAUCAUUUAAUAUUAAUCAAAAUAUUAUCUCAACAAAAAAAUAGCGAAAUUAAAUUUGUCAAUGAACUAUAUAACGGAAUUCAAUAUUAUUCAAAUAAGUCAAAUAAUUUCAAAAUUAACUAUUUGUAUUUUUAUUUAUUAGAGCAAUCAAAAUUUUUAUUUUCAAAAAAACAGGUUAAUAUUUCCUUAUAUUUAGCUAUAAAAGCUGUUGAAAAUAAUCCAGUAGAGUUUUCUUGUUGGUUGCAUCUAGUUGAAUUAUAUAUUUUUCAAAAGGAUUUUAAAAAUGCCCUACUAACUUUAAACUCGUGUCCAAUCAAUUCAUACAAUAAUGCGAUCAAAUCAAAUAUAAUAAAUUUAGAAAAUUCAAUUCUUGAUCUUAAAAAUCCAAAUUAUUUUAGUUUACCAUUGCCCUCAAUUUUCAUUCCAACUUCAAGGAAAUUAAUGAAAGAAAAAAUUAGCUUAUUGAAUAAAAAUAAUAAUAUAAUAACUGAUAUCCUAAUUCAAAGUGAGAAAACUGGGCCAAUUUAUAACAAAGUAGUAGAUGAUUUAUCAAAUGAAUACUUUGCUACUGACAAUGAAAUUUUAAGUGUUGAUCCAAAUUUAUUAGAGCUCAAAAGUAAAAGAUUAAAAGGAACUUUAAAAAUUGCUUAUGAUUUAUUAACAACAUUAGUAAUUCUUGUUGGUUGGGAUGAAUUACUAAGAAUUAGAGCCAGUGCUUUUGUUAUGCAGAAGGAAUAUCUUAUGCCAUCUAAAUCUAAUCUCCAUUCAAUUUCAAGUGAAAGCGGAUUUAAUAUUUAUAAAAAAUUUCACUCAAAAAGAAUGUGCGAAAAAUGGUUAGACACACUAUUUAUUUUCUUAUAUAAUGAUUUAAAAAUUGUCAUGGAUUGGGAAAAAGAAUUUGAAAAAGAUGAUAAAUCAAUUAAACAUUCAUCCUUAGAAUGGGAUUUAAUUGGAUCAGUUGCAUUAUCAGUUAAGCAUUAUGACUUGGCUAUAGCAUCUUUGAGAACAGCGUUAUCGGUCUCUUAUUCCAUCAUAACGUCUACAAAAUUGAUCAAUUUAAUUGAUGAUUUUGUUGAAAAUUUUCCCAGAUUUAAAAAACUAAACUUAGGCGUGUUACAAGAUUUUGAUGAUGAUUAUGUGGACACAAGUAAAGUAUCUAGUUUUUCAAAGGAUUUUUAUUUAAUCGGAUUAACAAAUAUAAUAAAAAAGAAGCAACUUGCAACAGUAAAUGAUAAUCAAGGAAUAAUUGUUGAAUUAGGAAGUUAUGAUAAUAAUUUAUUUUUAGAUUUAAUACUCGAAAAUGUUUUAAAAAAUAUACUAUGGAGCAAUAGAUGGUAUCAGGAUUUUUCAAUGGACUCAUUAAUAAUUUUAAAGCAUAUUUUAAAAGAUAAUGAUAAAGAAUUUAUCAGAAAUAAAAUUCGGUCGAAGUUUUUCAAUGUAACUAAUCAAAUGAGUUCAGAUACGUAUAAUAUGUUUGCAUUAUUUGAUAGGUAUAUAAAAUGGAUUGAAAUCUUUGAUAAUCAAGAUGAAAGUGAUUAAUAAACCAACUGAUAUUUCAGUGAAUAAAAUUUAUUUCUGAAAGUACUAAAAUCAAAAUGAAAAAGAAAAACUUUUAAAAUUUCUUUUUUGAAUAUUCAACAGCAAUUUUUUUCAUAACUUUUUUUCUUUGUUUAAGCAUAUAGGUAUAUAAAAUGUACGAGCCAGGAAUAUAAGUUGCUAAACAAAUUUUUAAAAACCAAGCGUAUAAUAGAUGAAUAUUGGAAGUAGCAUCGGUCAAACUAUUAUAAAUAAUU